GCUGUAUAUUCAUUGCAUUAUUCAGCGAUGAAACGUAUCGUAUUUUCUAUAUCGCACAAUGUCUAGCGCACAAGUUUUUCCAAGGUUCUUUACAAUUUAUUUAUAGCUCGACAAGAUUGUUAUUCCUGUAGAUGUCGUGUGCAUCCGUGAAGUUGGUAUGAUAACACUGAAUGCGUGGUGCUGUCGCGAACGUCAAUUGUGCGCCCGAAACGACUCGUUUAAUUGAACCGUGUGAAUAUUCAUUGCUGUCGCAUAUUUGCUGGAAGCAAACAAACGAUGUCGAUAGCUCAAGAACGACCAGAGCUUUACGAAGAAGUGAAAUUAUACAAGAAUGCCAGGGAACGAGAAAAGCACGACAAUCAAGCCGAUUUGUACGCUGUGGUAAACACUUUGCAACACUUGGAAAAGGCCUACAUCAGAGACUGCGUCACCCCGAAAGAGUACACUGCUGCUUGUAGCAAACUGUUGGUGCAAUACAGAGCCGCGUUUAAACAGGUUCAAAGCGAUCAAUUCCCUACGAUAGACGCUUUCGCGAGAGCGUUUCGUUUAGAUUGUCCGGCUGCUCUCGAGAGAAUCAAAGAGGACAGACCUAUCACGAUCAAAGAUGACAAAGGCAACACGUCGAAAUGCAUCGCGGACAUCGUAUCUCUGUUUAUAACGUUGAUGGACAAGUUAAGACUGGAGAUCAAAGCCAUGGAUCAGUUGCAUCCCGACUUGCGAGACCUUAUGGACACCAUGAACCGUCUGAGCAUAUUGCCGAGCGAUUUCGACGGGAAAGAAAAGGUCGCGGAAUGGUUGCAAACGCUGAACAACAUGUCCGCGUCCGACGAAUUAUCCGACACGCAAGUCAGACAGCUGAUCUUCGACUUGGAAACUUCGUACAAUGCUUUCAAUAAAAUCUUGCACAAUUCUUAAUCCGACGGGCUUCUAUCUUUCGUUCUCUCUGUAUAUAUGUAUACUGUUAUCUCAAGUUCCAUAGAAUAGCGAAUAAAGAAAGAUUUCAUCGUA